CCCCGCGCCCCGCGCCCCGGGAGGCUGUGCCAUGCUGCGGGUGCCCGCGGGGACCGGGACACGGGCAGGGACACGUAGCCCGCACAGAACACGGACAGCGGCAGGGACACACGGACACUGACCGGGACUCACGGACAGCGCCGAUUUGUGGUGGAAGAUGACGGUGCCAGUGCCCAACAGCACGGCGGUGUCGUGGGCACUGCCAGAGCCGGAGCUGGAGCGCUCACCCUGCCUGGUUGGCAUCGUGCCCAUCGUGUACUACAGCGUCCUGCUGGGGCUGGGGCUGCCAGCGAACAUCCUGACCGCCGUGGCCCUGUCCCGCCUGGCCACCAGGACCAAGAAAUCAUCCUACUGGUACCUGCUGGCCUUGACCACCUCCGACAUCCUCACCCAGGUCUUCAUCAUCUUCGUGGGCUUCAUCCUGCAGACGGCCAUCCUGGCGCGGGCAGUGCCCAGCGCCUUCAUCCACACCGUCACCGUGCUGGAGUUCACGGCCAACCACGCGUCCACCUGGGUCACCGUGCUGCUGACCGUGGACCGCUACGUGGCCCUGUGCCACCCUCUGCGCUACCGCGCCGUGUCCUACCCGCGCCGCACCCGCCGCAUCAUCGCCGCCGUCUUCGCCGCCGCGCUGGCCACCGGCGUCCCCUUCUACUGGUGGCUGGACAUGUGGCGCGACGCCGACCCCCCGACGGCGCUGGACACGGCGCUCAAGUGGCUGCACUGCGUCACCAUCUAUUUCCUGCCCUGCAGCAUCUUCCUGGCCGCCAACUCCGCCAUCGUCCGCAAGCUGCGGCGGCGGCGGCGCGCGGGGGGCGGCAAGGCCGCGGCGCUGCUGCUGGCCGUCACCGCCGCCUUCAUCGUGCUCUGGGCUCCCCGCGCCAUCGUCACCAUGUGCCACCUGUACGUGGCCUCGGUCAGGAGGGACUGGCGCGUGCACCUGGCCUUGGACGUGGCCAACAUGGUGGCCAUGCUCAACACCUCCCUCAACUUCUUCCUCUACUGCUUCGUCAGCCAGACCUUCCGGCGCGCGGUGGGCGAGGUGCUGCGGGGGCAGCCGCGGGCAGCCCCACGCCGUGGCAGCGCCCACUGCCCACCCUUCCCACCCCCGGGCCUGGAACCGCUGAAACUGCUGGGCAGCACCGCGCUCUGAGCCAGGGCAGUGCCCGGCUGGCAGUGCCCACCCAGCCCCACGCAUGGCACCAGGACCGGGGAGACCCCCACACCUUCCAUGGAGCCAGGGUCACUGCUGCUGAGGGUGGCAGGAGGAAGGGAUUGUGCCCAGACACUCAUUUGGGGAUGCCGUGGUGCCUGCCUGGCAGCAGCAGCCCAGGGUGGGCAGCUCAGCCCUGCCCAUGCUCAGCCCCUGGCACAACGCUGGAACUCAUCCAGGGAACUCAGCUCAUCCAGGGAACCCAUCCAGGGAACUCAUCCAGGA